AAUUGGCGGAAUACUGCCAUUGGAUUCGGCACUUGACACUUGACCACCUGCCACAGCGCUAGGCAAUCAUCAACUUCGCGCAGGUGAGUACUCUUGCAUCAUACCCUACAAACCAGACCCGGCUAGGCUUCACUUUUUGACGACCGAACAACACGCCACACAAUUACGACUCCUCCGAUAACAACAACCACCCCUUUCCUCGUACACCGUCGAUCUCGAAAGCCCAUAUACCAUCAUUUGCGACGUACAAGCCUCUAUCGUUUGGCCUACCUCGGAGGCCGCGUACCCCGCCAUCGAGCUUCUGGCACCAUCGCAAAACUCCACAGGCUUGACAAAGCACUGUCUAUCAUCGGUAACCGUCCCCUCGACCGAUUCUCCUAUCCGCACAUCGUGCGAUCAACAUGUCAGGCGUCUGGGGCUGGUUUGGGGGAGGUGCGGCCCAGAAGAAGAAGGACAGCCCCAAAAACGCCAUCCUCGACUUGAGAGCGCAGCUUGAUAUGCUGCAAAAGCGCGAAAGGCACCUUGAGAAUCAGAUGGCUGAGCAAGAUGCCAUCGCCCGGAAGAUGAUCAACACAAACAAGAAUGCCGCGAAGACUGCCUUGAAGCGGAAGAAGGCUCAUGAGCACAGUCUGGAGCAAACGCAAUCACAGAUGGGGUCGCUGGAGCAACAGAUUAACGCCGUAGAGUCGGCCAAUAUCAACAAAAAUACCCUCGCGGCAAUGGAGAGGGCGAGCGAAGCCAUGAAGCAAAUCCAUGGCAAGCUAACGCCAGAAAAGGUCGACGAGACUAUGGACAAACUCAGAGAACAAAAUGCGCUCAGCGAGGAGAUCGUCAGCGCUAUUACCAGCAAUCAUAUCGGCGAGCCCAUCGACGAGGACGAGCUGGAGAACGAGCUGGAGUCAUUGCAGCAAGAAGCACUGGAUGAGCAGAUGCUUAAGUCGGGCACAGUUCCCGUGUCAGAUUCCAUCAACAGGAUGCCGGCGGUUGCGAAUGGAGAAAUCAAGGGCAAGCCAGCUGCAAUCGAAGAAGACGACGAAGAGGCAGAGCUCAGGAAGCUGCAAGCUGAGAUGGCCAUGUGAAAGCUUGCCUCCUGAACCCUGUUUGUUUUUCCGGUGUUCUGCGGAUCAUGGAAGCGCAUGCUUGGGUGGAAUGAAGUUGUCCAUCGAGGAUACUUGGGUGUGGUUUGGUUUUCUCAUGCGGCAACAAUUGAAGCUAAGCGAGGCCUGUAUCAUUGCCAUGUCAUCCUUGAAUUUGUCUUUGCCCCCUGUGUUUUCGGCUUUCUAUCCACUGGCGUCGGAGUCGGUUUGCGAUGGUACUUCAUCUGAAAGUGCACAACUGCGUCCGUGUAUUGCUUUGGAGGAUUCUCCGUUCUAGAUAUACUGCCAACCUA